AUGGACGCAGAGCAUGGGCGCCAACACAACUGCGUCUAUGGAUAUUCCUUCGUCCCGCGCACAGAGGUGCAAUACGAGCCGGUCGGUGUGAGCUACUGCGACGUCUGCCUGCUCUCCGUCCUGCACCCCUCCGCGAGCGGCGAACGCGGGAAGUGCGCGCCAGGGUGCGUCCGCAACAACGUAGCGGAAAAGAAACGCAUGAUGGACCAAAAGCUGGCAGAGGCGCGCGAACGCCAGCGCCAGAGGGUGACCGCGGAGACGCCGGCAACGGAGGCGGACCAGGUCACGUGCGACGGAAUCCGGCCGCUGCUCAUCCAGAACAAAGUGGAGGACGUGGCCGAAAAGAUUGGGAGCGGCAUCACCGCCACCGACGUGACCGCCAUCGUAGCGGAGCCGUGCCUCCAGGCGCGCCGGAGCAUGGCGAAGCCGGGAGGCUUCAUCACGUGCCACAAGGCCGGCUGCAAGAAGAUCAUGUGCGCGACCGUGCGGGCGGCAAAGCGCCACGGCACCGCCGCGGACUCGCCCCUCCUUUGCUGGGUCAAGGGCAAGAACGGGGAUAUCAACGACGAGGCGAAAAACAACAUUGAGUGGUGCUACGCUGACCCGCUUUCGUGCAAUACAGAGACCGCAGCCUCUCCAUACAUCCCCGGGCUCGUAUACUCGUAUAAGGCUUGCGGCUUCAGCAAUGAGUUCGAGAGCGCCUUCUUCUCCCCGAUGCGCGAACAGUCAUUUGGAGGGGCAUUCUUUCAGCGGAAUAGCUACUCAUUUACGUCGCUGGAGCAGUGCACAAUAAAAAACUCUCGUGCAGAGAAAGGAGGCGGCUUCUUCCUGGGUGAUGGUGCAUCGACCGUGACAAAGUCGACCAUUGUUGGCAACACCGCGACGAAAGGCAGCAAUCUGUACGCGGACAAUGGCGUGUUUUCCUACGUUCUUCCUGCGCCAGAGUGUGAGUGA